AUGAUAACAUUUUUCUGUAUUUUUAUAUUUCUUCAUACUGUAAUCGGAAAACCUGAAUUUUCUGAAAAUUUUGCUCGAAAUGAUAUGUAUCCAUUAGCAUCUGCUGCAUAUUCAGAUAAACCAAAUGAAUGUUUAAAAAAUAAAUUCAAAAAUGCAACUGUUAGUUGAAUAAUUGAAUAAUUUCAAAUUGUAAUUUUUUAGCUCAAAAAUCAAUAUAUCAUUCCAAAUUGUGCAUCAAUAAUAACAGAUAAUUGUUCAGGAUUCACAGCAGUUUUACAUAACAAAAAAGCAAUUGUGAUUAGUUUCAGGUAACAUUUACAGUACCUUUUAAUUACUUUAUGAAACAAUUUCAGAGGGACUCAAUCAUCUCUACAACUUUUGGCAGAAACUGUCUCCGCUCUUUUUGUUGAUCAAUCUCCAUGGCCAAUGGGUGGCAAAGUUUCUUUAUAUUUUAACAAUGCAUUUGCAAGUAUUUGGGAAAAUGGAAUGGAAAAUGAUGUGAAAGAAUUGACCAAAAAAUAUCCAAAAUAUGAAGUUUGGGUAAAGAAUCAGAAUUAUUUUCAUUCUUUCUUGUAAAUUUUUCUAGAUAACAGGACAUUCUCUGGGUGGUUCUCUUGCUUCUCUUUCUGCUUCAUAUAUUGUUGGUUCAAAAAUAGUUGCAUCAAAACAAGUAAAAGUGAUAACAUUUGGAGAACCUCGUACUGGAGAUUCAAUAUAUGCAACAAUGCACGAUGAAAUGGUUCCAUAUAAUUUUCGAAUAGUCCAUAAUCGUGAUCCAAUUACAAGAUUACCAAAAUCAGAAUAUUAUCAUACGAAUUUUGAAGUUCAUUAUAAUUCAGAUAUGACGGAAUAUGAAAUAUGUGGAUUUUUAUCAUCUUGGGAAUGUUCUCGUCCAAGAGUAAAUAUUUUCGAUCAUUUGGAAUAUUUUGAUAAACAAGUUGCCGAUUGGGGUAAAAUGGGAUGUAAUUGAAUAUUUCCUCUUAAAUUCUCAAUGAAUCGUUAUUAUUUGAAACCAAGAAUUCAAUUCUAUCUUCAAUUUUUUGCAUUCUAUUAUCAAAACUUUUUAGACACAUAAAUAAUGUCUAUGACAAAAAUAAUGAAUCAAUCUGAAAAGGUAUAUAAACCAUAAUUAUUAUAUUGAACGUUUCAGUCAACCAAAUAAUGAGACUACAGUACCUUAUUGUUUUUCUCUAUUAUUUCUUCACAACAAAAAGAGUAAAUGCAAAAAGCAAUUAUGUUGUCGAACUCGAAUAUUCUGAUAGUUUUGCACGAAAUAAUAUAUUUCAUUUAGCUGCGGCUGCUUAUUCAGAAAAUCCAAAUAUUUGUCUUCAAAACCAAUUCAAAAAUGCUACGGUAUGGUUCACUUAUAACUUAUGAAACGAUUGUUAAUCAUUCAAUUUUGAAGCUGAAACGACAAUACAGAGUUGAAAAAUGUGCUCUUCUACUGAACGAUAGUUGCUUUGGAUUUAGUGCUAUUUUACAUGAUAAAAAAGCAAUUGUUCUUAGUUUCAGGUUGUAUUUUUUUUAGACGAAAUUCCUUAUUUUUUACUAAAUAAUUCAGAGGAACUGAAUCACUCAAACAAUUUUUCGCGGAAAUAGUUGGAAUGAUAAAAACAGAUUGGAAAAUUGGAGGAAAAGUUUCGAGAUAUUUCGCAUGUGCAUUCAAAAAAAUCUGGGAAAGUGGAAUGGAAAAUGAUGUGGAAGAUAUGAUCAAAAUGUAUCCAGAUUUUGAUAUUUGGGUUUGUUUAUAAUUUUCUUAGAAAUAAAGCCUAUUUUUAUAACAGAUAACUGGUCAUUCUCUUGGUGGAGCAAUAAGUGCAUUAGCUUCUUCUUUUAUAAGUGGAAAGAAAAUAAUCGAAAAAAAUCGAAUAAAACAUAUCAAUUUUGGACAACCUCGAGUUGGAGAUGAAGAUUAUGUUAAAAUACACAAUGAAUUGGUACCGUAUUCUUUUCGUAUUACACAUCGAUAUGAUAUUGUAACUAAACUUCCCAAAAUCGAGUACUUUCACACUAAUUAUGAAGUUUAUUAUAAAAAUGGAAUGCAAAAUGGAGCAGAAUAUAAAAUAUGCGAAGGAGAUGAAUGUUCAUCGAUUCGAACAAGUUAUGCUGAUCAUAAGACAUAUUUCGAAAAACAAAUCAGUAAAUGGGGAAUUGAUGGAUGUAUUGAAUAA